UGACACUAGCAUUACAGUUUAAUUUAUCCGCUUUACAAUUCAAUAACAACUUGGUCGGUGUAGUGUGUUGACGCGAUUUUGUGGAAUACUUUAAUUUACGGCUGAAUAUAUAGUUUAUAUACAAAUAAAUCUAAGCAAGGAGACACAUCAGCAAUGAUUAUCCCAGUGCGAUGCUUUACUUGCGGCAAGGUCAUUGGCAACAAAUGGGAAGCCUACCUUGGGCUACUGCAAGCUGAAUAUACUGAAGGUGAUGCCCUGGAUGCCCUUGGCUUGAAGCGGUAUUGCUGCCGUCGCAUGCUUCUAGGUCACGUAGACUUGAUAGAAAAACUACUCAACUAUGCACCAUUGGAGAAAUAGAUUAUAAAACUAUGUUAAUUUCAAAAUACAUUUGUUGUUUUAAGUUUAAUUUGUGUUAAAAAUUAAGAUGGCUAACAUCCUAUCUAUUGAAUGGGAUCUGGAUAUUAAUGCUGUGAGGAAAUGUGGAAAUAAUUGGCCGUAUUUAUUUAGUUCCUAGCCAAUCUGUUAAACGUAUUUCGUUGACAUGCAUGUAACAAUAAAAUGCAUAUGCAUUACAAAUCUCAAUAAUGGAAUUAUCAUAACUUUAAGUACCAAAUACAUACAGCAUUAUAAAUACUACAAUGAAACCCUUUAGCAUAAGGAUGUGAAUUAUAAAGUGUAUUUAUUAUUUUUGAGAUAUUUUAGUGACUACAUUUUAAAUGCACUCAUUAAAACAUUUAAUGGUCUUUGUAAUCAAGGUAUAUUCUUUAAAGUUUAAGGAAAAAUCUACCUACAUCCUUACCUCGUAAAAUACUGUGUGUUCCUUUAACUGGUAAGUCUGGUAACAAACUUAUUUCAGUUUGUUUUUCCAAAAAAAAUACAUUACGGCCACUACUUUUCUGCAUGUACCUACUAAUUUCCAUUAUAGUUAGUUAUAAGGAUGAAAAUUAGUCUAAUAAUGUAAGAAUGACUUAAAGUAAGAUAUGUGAUACGGUUAAGAGAAACAAUACUAUAACAAUAAAGAUAAUUUGAUUUAACUA